AUGUCACACCGUCGCAAAAACGCGAAACCCGACAAGCUUGCUGCUUAUAAACGCGCCAGAGAAGGCGGGGGUCGAGACUGGAAGCCAGAAGAGGACGUUGAGGUGUAUGACGAAGUGGACGAGGAGCAAUACAAGUCCAUCGUGAAGGGGAGACUUCAGAGAGAUGAUUUCAUCGUUGACGAUGGAGUAGACGGGUAUGCCGACAAUGGCAUGGAUGACUGGGGUGAGGAUCAAGGAAUGGAGUCCGACGAAGAAGUGAAACCGAAAGAAAAGAAAAAAUCGAAACUCGUGAAGACGAAACCCGCUCCGCCUCCUCCGCCAGUUGCAACCUUCAAUGACUAUAAGCAGAAGCCAUCAGCUGCUGUUGAAGACGACUUCAUGUCGUCGCUGCUGGGAAAAAUGGAAAAGGUUACGCCGGACACGCGCUUUCGAUCGAGAAAGCGAAAGCCGCGUGAUAUCUCCCCCCUGACCUCGUCUUCUCCGGACGAUUUCAAUGGGUACAGAGCGCCCGGGGACUUUUACGCGGACACGUCCUCUGACGGCCCAAUUGACGAAUACUCAGUGCCGCCGAGCGACGACUUGGAUAUCUCAGGACCCUUCAAACGGCAGAGAAGAGAAGACGCAGACGUCAAGCCAGCGGUACAGAAGUUCAAAAUUUUCAAUGUUGCCACGAGCUCGGAGGGUCUCAGCACGCCUUAUGAUGACUCACUCGACGAUAUUGACAUGAGCGAAUUUACUCAUGAUGAAGAGGAGCUGAAGCCGAAGAUCGAAAUUGUGAAAAUGGAGGACGACGACAUGGAUCUUCUCAACCACCGCCACGCAAAGGAAUCAAAUGCGGUGAAUAACGUAAAGGUCGAGAAAAUGGAGGAUGAAACGCCUUCUUGGGUAAACGUACAUGCUUCGUUGAAAGUCGAAAAGAAUGACGACUCCCUUGGCCCUUUGGGUGGACGUAGUGCAAACGUGCGUUCUUCCAACGUUGCGGCUUUGGAAGACGAUGGGUCGCUGCGGUUCUUCUGGAUUGAUUAUCUAGAGCAAGACGGGAAUGUUCAUUUCAUUGGUAAGCUCAAGGAUAAGAAGACGAAACUCUGGGUCAGUUGCUGUCUUACGGUAGAAAAUUUGGAGCGUAACCUCUUUGUUCUGUCGCGUCCGAAGAAACUAGAGGAUGGCCACGAGACGGACAUCGUCCCAGACAAUCUUGAUGUUGCCAAAGAUUUCGAUGCUUUGCGGAAGAAAGCUGGAAUAAAUAAGUUUAAGAGCAAAUUCGUCAAACGAAAAUACGCCUUUGGAGAACCGGAUGUGCCUCUGAAUGAACACAGCUGGAUGAAAGUCAAAUAUCCGUUUUCUGAACCACAAUUAUCAGAAAAUUUACAAACUGAUACCAUUGCGCGAAUCUUCGGCACGAGGACGAGCGCAUUCGAACUGCUCGUGUUAAAGAGAAAGAUUAUGGGACCAUGCUGGCUGCAAAUUAAAGAGCCUCAUGUUGAGCACAAAGGCAUAUCCUGGUGUAAAUUUGAAGCCACGGUCUCCAAUCCGAAGGAUAUCAACCCAUUCCCCGAAACCGAUGCGGACGCGCCAAAGGAAACGCCACCAUUGACGGUUAUGAGCCUUACUGUACGUACAGUCGUCAAUUACAAGGAAAACAAGAGGGAAGUAGUUUGUGCGACUGCACGUACAUGGUCGGACCUGGAUCUUGAGGAUCCGACUCCACCUGAUCAACUGUCCUGCACCGUGCACACGCUUGUUAGGCCACUGGUCAAAUUCCCAGCUAGAUUUCAAGAUGCCGUUAAGUCGAACAAGAAGGGAACGAUCCUUGCAGAGGCAAACGAGAGGGCACUGCUCAAUAACCUCCUGCUAACGAUAUUCAGGACGGAUCCCGAUGUUAUCGUUGGCCAUGAAUUUCUCGGCGUGUCAUUAGAUGUUCUAUUAGAUCGCAUGCGUGACCAAAAAUUAAAAGACUGGUCAAGGAUAGGCCGUUUCAGAAGGACGAGGUGGCCGAACAUUGGGAAACAAGGAACUAACAUCAAAUUCCUGAAUGGGAGGUUGUUGUGCGACCUUGCUAGCGACGGUGCCAAAGGCAUGAUUUCGUCAACUACAUGGUCGAUGACGGAGAUGUGCGCAACGCACUUGAAAUGUGAACGCGAAGACAUUGAUCCAGAUGAAGUGGCCGAUUACUUCGAUGGUAAUCUGUCGACACCGGACAAACUCAUUAGGUUUGUGCAGCAUUGCGAGCUUGAUGCUCAUUAUCAAAUGGCCAUUGCUGCUCGAGUGCAAAUUCUUCCGCUAACGAAGCAAUUGACAAACCUUGCCGGAAAUUCCUGGAACAAGACACUGAAUGGCGGUCGUGCUGAGCGAAACGAGUACAUCUUGCUUCACGAAUUCCAUCGUCUGAAAUACAUUUGCCCUGAUAAAACUUUCGGCAAGAAGGUUGCUGCUGCUGCUGCCGUGAAGGCCGAAGCUGAAGGAGACGGAGUAGUCCCAGUGACACAAAAAAGUAAGAGGGACAAGUAUAAGGGCGGCCUGGUCUUCGAGCCGAAGCGUGGCUUGUGGGACAAGUACAUUCUUGUCAUGGACUUCAACUCGUUGUACCCGAGCAUUAUCCAGGAAUACAACAUUGACUUCACCACUGUAGAAAGGGCCGAUAGUGAGGAGGGAGAAGAAGAGAAGAUCCCCGAUCCACCAUCGUCUGAUGUCCCCCAAGGAGUGCUUCCAAGGCUCAUCGCUACUCUCGUUGCUAGGCGAAGGGAAGUCAAAAAGCUAAUGAAGGAUCGCUCGACACCACAUGCUAAGAUGCUCCAGUACGAUAUCAAGCAGCAAGCCCUCAAACUCACAGCCAAUAGUAUGUACGGGUGCCUCGGAUUCGAGUAUUCAAGGUUCUAUGCUCGACCUCUUGCUGCACUCACGACCUAUAAAGGACGUGAGAUUCUGGCUAGGACACGAGAAUUAGCGGAAAACCAGGGUCUCGACGUCAUUUAUGGCGAUACAGAUUCCAUCUUCGUCAAUUCUAAUGUCACGGAGUUGCCUCAAGCGCUAAGGAUAUCAGACACCUUCAAGAAACUGGUCAACGAACAAUAUGUGAAGCUCGAGAUUGACUUGGAUGGUAUCUUCCAACGUCUGCUUCUCCUACAAAAGAAGAAGUAUGCUGCGCUCAAGGUGGAAGACGCAGAGCGGACUUCUGUCGAAGUAAAGGGCUUGGACAUGAAGCGUCGAGAAUAUUGUCAGCUCUCGAAAGAUACCUCUCACCAUAUCUUGGAAAUGGUUUUGUCUGGCGAAGCUACGGAAACAGUUGUCGAACAGAUCCACGAGCAUCUAUCAAAGCUCGGUGAAGAGGUUCGCGGUGACAAGAUCAACUUGGAUAAGUUCAUUAUCAACAAGCGUCUUGGUAAAAAUCCUGAAGACUAUCCGGACGCGAAGAGUCAACCACAUGUCACCGUCGCGUUACGUUUGAAGUCGAAGGGCCAGCAACCUAGAGCAGGGGAUGUCAUUCCAUAUAUAUUUUGCCUAAACGAAGGUGCCGAAUCGAUGAAGUCUGCUCAGGCAGAUAGGGCACAUCACCCUGACGAGCUCAGAAGGGCAAACGGAGAGCUGAAAAUAGACUAUGAGUUUUACCUCUCACAGCAAAUCCUUCCGCCUAUUGAACGUCUCUGUGAGCCUAUCGAAGGCACCGAUAGAGCACGUCUCGCGGAAUGUCUUGGCCUCGACCCAGGCCGCUUCCGUUCACAUUACAAUGGUGACUCGGACGACCGUGCAUUUGGCACGCUAGAGUCGCAAAUGCCUGAUAACGUCAGGUUCAAAGAUUGUGACCCAUUAACGAUCCGAUGCCGAAAGUGCGAGGGUGAAAUGCCAUUCACACAUAUCUCGGAACGAGGGACGUCCAUAAUACAAACGUCCGGACCGACCUGCAAAGGCUGUCAAGCUCCACUAAAGACGACGAGCAUGCAAAUGCAGCUCGAAAACCAAAUACGGGAGCAUAUCAAUAGAUACUACGAAGGCUGGACUGUUUGCGAUGAUCCAAUGUGCCGCAAUCGUACACGCAUGAUGAGCGUGUAUGGUAGACGCUGCCUGAAGAGGGAAUGCAAAGGCACAGUGGCUUUCGAGUACUCCGAUAAUCAGCUGUAUACCCAACUGAUGUUCUACUCGAGUCUUGUUUGCCCUGAGAAGGUUCUGAAGUCUGCAAUCGCUAGUCCUCAAAAGAGUACCAUUGAUGCCGCUGUCCAGAACAAUCGGAAACUUCUAGAUGACAUGAACGAGAUUGUUGAUAAAUACUUGUCACAAUGUGGACGGAGAUGGGUGGAGCUUGGCAAUCUCUUCUCGUUCAUGAAGCUCUAGACUCAAUUGUCUAUUGAACUGGAAUCUCGCAUCAUCAAUACUUCGCUUUGUUUGAAUGCUUUCUGGAAUUGUAUUGCUGUAUUUAUUAGCAAGUAGUAUUACUCCGGUAACUCGGUGUCAACCGAUAAAGACGUGGAUUGGCCCAAGAAAAGAAGUGUAUGCAACGCGUAAAAUGAAAGUUCCAAACAACCCCUUGUACGUAAAUAAAAUUAGUAUCUAAAUGUCAAAGCGGACGAGCUGUUGCAUAUUUUCUAUGAUGAUAUAACAACGGUAAAGCUCCACUUCCUAACGGCAAAGUCCCAACACUCUCAACGCGUACGACGCGCGAAAUGAACAAUUCAGAAAUCACGCUUCCUUCUUUCGCAUUAGUGGUGUCAGCCUCGGCAUCAACACCUCUACCAUCAUCGAGAAGAUUAUGCAACGGCAUGCACGUAACGAGCUCGCACGAUAACGCACCGAGGGAGCCUGUGAGGACGGGUAAGCCUUCUGCAGUGAGUUCGUGAGGUGUUAUCCGGAAUGGUUCGGGGAAGAGGUCGGCACGUGCGAAGUGGUGUGCGGUUGUGGAUUGGGUGCUUGAGAGGAGGUUGAUUACGAGAUUUGGUCCUCGUCUUCGUCCUGGUUCACGUUUCUGGUUUUCUCGCGAUGAAAAGUCGAAAUUGGGAUUGUCAUUGUGUUCCGACUGCGCUAUACGUUCCUUGAGCGAAGUCGCCAUCCGAGAAGGUAUACGUAACGAGAACGCAACGAGCGGGUGUGGGUACAAUGCGAUAGAGGUAAACGAGGAUAACGUUGCACCAUGAAAUUUAUGCUCUUUUUCAUUUUCUUGUUUGCCGUCGAAUGGAUAGUAUGAGGCUACGACCGCAACAGGUUGCGCAGUUUCGCGGAGUAAACGACGUAGAGCGUCUUUCGUCGCGUCAUUGUUUGUCGUUGUUGAAAUGCACCUGCACAAGAAGGUUUUUCGUUGUGUAGAUGAGAGGACGCGACGCGUCU